CAAUAAAUCCUGCUCCACAUGCUUGUGCCACAUCCCCAUUUGCGGAUUUGUUUUUGUUUUGUUUGCAUCUGAAGGAUAUCUCAUCUGAAGCAUAUAAUUAUAAUUAUAUAAUAUUAAAUUUUAUCGGUAAGGCCACGUAAAACAGUGGUCCGAGAUUAGUUUCGAAAUUAUUAACACAUAAUUAAAAUAGCAGUAAUGGCUCCAACGCAGAAGGGCAAACAGGGCACGAAAGGUGCCAAGCAAAUCGUCGAAGAAAACAAGACCACAUUAGCAUUUUAUAGGAACAUGGCCAUUGGCUGUGCUGCACCUGCUCUCCUAUUGAGCUUUCUAGUCUUCGAAUUCAGCAAAGUCACAAUCAUCAUGUACAUCCUUUCAUUGGCGAUACUUGGCGGUGCCUACCAGUUCAUGGCGUUUAUGUCCCAAGCAAAGUUCUCGGAGACCGGGGCUCUACUAGACUCGGGCAACGAUCUGAACAUGGAAGGCGGCAUAGCGGAAAAUGUCAAGGACCUGAUUAUCCUUACUUCUGGAACAUUACUGAUGGCCCUCAUCUCGAACUACUUCUGGCUGGUGCUGCUUCUGGCGCCCAUGCGAGCCGGCUGGAUGCUCUGGGGCUCCUUCAUAAAGCCCUGGCUUGCCCAGCGAAAUGCCCAAGAGGAGCCAGAGUUGGACGAAAAGAAGCAGAAGAAGAUGGAGCGAAAAAUGCGCCGCAUGAGAUAAAAGGCAGCAUCAACUGUCGGCUAACUAUCAGUUGGGUUGGGGUCCUCUGGGGCUGGAUUAAAUAUGUUUAAAUGAGAUUUUACGCUUAGAUAAUUGACUAGGACUAGAUGGGUGUGUGGGCGUUUCCAAAUUAUCAAAAAUUAUUCAUUCAAAUUAUUCAGCAAAUUAAAUUCGAGACAAAAGACAA